UCAAAGAAGACAUUGCUUUCCACAUGUACAGCAGACAAUCACCACCGCCUUCCCUCUUUCUUGAACACAAAACAGAGACUCCCCUGAAAAUUUUCUGUCACUUUCCCUGAAAAUUCUCUCUCCUUACUUUUGUUUGUUAUUUUUCUUAACAUCCAAUUCCCGCCAAUUUUUCUACACCCGUAUCUUUCUCGUUGUCAUUUGAAAGAGUCGAACAAAAGCACCCAAGAAAAGAUUAAAGACGUCUCUGUUUCAAGAUCUUCGUUUUCUUAGCUUUAACUCACUCGAAUUUUGUCAAGAUCUUUGUGUUCUUAGCGUUUCUCAUAGAUCAAUUACGUACUUAUUUGUUAAAAUUAUCUCGUUUAUUAGUUAGACUGUUAAGAUUCUUAUCCUUAUAGAUCAAUAUGGAUGAAUUUGGUGACUUAACGAAGCAUUAUGGGUUAAGGCCACAAGGCAAGUCAGCUCCAAUGGCAUCAUCGAAAGGACCCAACAUACCCACAAAUGCUCGAACCCGAAAUUCCAUUUCGAAUUCAUCUUUAAACCCGAAAUCUACCAAUAAUUCCAGUUCUGGUAAUGGGUCUUUCUUCAAUGAUAAUGAAACCCUUUUUGUAAGUAAACAUAGCUCCCAGAAUUUUAAUGUUUUAGAUGAUGUUAAUGAUGGUUUUGAUAUUUUUGGUGGGUUUCAAAAGAAUUCAAAUACUAAUGGAAAUGGGUCUUCUUUAAAUUACGAUCCUUUUUUCUCGACUUCCAAUUACUCGAGUGCUAAAUCUUCUUUUGAUGGUGAUAUAUUGAGCGGGUUAAAUGGCUCCAAUUCUAAUAAUAAUACAGAUGAUCUUUUUGGGUCCUUUGUUUCUAAGCCUAAUCAGAGUGCACUAGUUGAUGACUUGUUAGGGGGCUUUGGUGCAACAUUAAAGCCAUCCAGCCAGAACGGAUCGGUUGGUUUUGAUGAUUUAUUACCUGGGUUUGGUAAUGUUUCAAUCAACUCAUUCAAUAAAAGAGAGAAUACAGGGAUGAAUAGUUCAACCUACACCUCAACAGAUGACCCUUUUGUAGUGUUAGAAUCAACUUCAACCACAACAAAAUCAACAUCCGCAAACCCACUGGAAGAAGUCAGUUUGUUCAGUCAUUCUGGAAGCACAAAGCGUGGCGGCUCUUCAAAUGUUCCAUCCCUACUAAGGCCCCCACCAAAACCUGGACAAGUUUUAAGGAGUGAUAAAGUUAAAAGCUCAAAUGUAUCCUUCAUAGAUGAGCUUGAAGAGUUUGGCAUGGUGCGGAGUAAUGUUGAUGGACAUUCAAAUGCUCACCAUGCUAAGGAAGCAAGGGAGAGAGAAACGGCAAAAGCAAACAGGUAUAAAGAAGCUGAAGAUGCUAAUCGGAAGAAUCAGCAAACAAGUAUGGAUGAUAUAGAAUCCAUUUUGAAUAUGGGUUCUCGAUCCAGCAGUGCACCAAAAUCCAGGGCUGCAACUUUGGGUCCUGUAUUUGAUGCAAAAUCAAACAACAGAGGAGAGCCUGCUGUAGCCCAGAAGAAGUCUGGCAGUGCCUCAUCUGGCAUAAGGAAGGCCUCUUCUACAACAAGUAUAGUUGAUGAAUUUUCUUUCAUGUUUGGAGAUGCCUCAUUUUUUGGAGAAUUUGAGGAAGUUGAAGGGGAAAGUGAAGAAAGACGAAGAGCCAGAUUGGGCCGUCACCAGAGAACUCAGGACCGCAUGGCAAAAGCAGUUGCUGAUAUGAACCAGCGCGACCUGCAAACACAGCACGAGCAAGAAGAGAGGCGUAGGCUUGCUGACAAAGUGGACGCAGAUAUAAAGAGAUGGGCAGAAGGGAGGAAAGGCAACAUGCGUGCAUUGUUAUCAUCAUUGCAAAGUGUGCUGUGGCCUGAAUGUGGUUGGGAGCCAGUUUCAAUGGCAGAUUUGAUUGCUUCUGCCUCGGUGAAAAAAGUUUAUAGAAAGGCAACAUUAUGUGUGCAUCCUGAUAAGGUUCAACAGAAAGGUGCCACUCUUGGACAAAAAUAUACUGCUGAGAAGGUUUUUGAUAUUCUCAAGGAAUCUUGGAAGAAGUUUGAAAAGGAGGAACUUUCUUAGAAACCUUCACAAGUCAUUUUUGUCUAUUCUCUUCGAGGCAGCCACAGAAGCUUCAUUUUUGGGGUGAAUUAUCAAUGCUUGUGCAGUUUCCAAUCUGCAACUUCAGGUACAAUGUGCUUCCAUGAUACAAAUCUUUUGGUAAUAGCAGAGUGAUUCUGAGGAAAGAUGUUUCUUGUUUGUCUAUGAUGUUGUAUAUUACUGUUGUUUCUAGAAAUCAUGAAUGUGUUUCAAAAUAGAACUAUAUCAUCCAGGAGAAGUUUAUACUGUCAAUACAAUUGACAGAGUAGCCCAGGACUUUCCCUCUUUCUUGAUUCUUUAUUUUUAAGUUCCAAAAUGAGAUGGGAGAUUUCCUGUUUAUUUGUGCUACAAUGGUUUUUCUCUUCUGUGAGCUUGUAAAUUACAUAUUUACAUGUUUAUUGAAUCUUUGUCUUCCGGACAAAUGGGAAAUAAUGCAAGUUUUUAGAUAUUGGAUGAA